AACCCAUGGAAGUUUCAAAUAGAAAAAAAAAAAAGAAAAAAAAAACAAGAUGAAAAAAUCCUAGAUCUUUUCAAGUGGGGGAAAACAAGCGAUUGAAACAAAUGGCAGGGGGAUCGGGAGUCGCUUCAAAUCCAUCAACACAUCCUCCCUCUCACCAAGCUGCUCCCAAAAUCCUAUUAGCCAAGCCUGGUCUUGUUGCCGCCGGCAAAUUUAGCCGAGGGCUUGUCGGCCCCGGCGGUACCGUCGAAGAUGAUUCAGCAGCCGCGCUCCGAUCUCGCCUUCCGUCCAUCGGAUCUCUUAAUCUCCUUUCCGAUUCUUGGGAUUUCAACCCCGACAGAUUCCUUCCAUUUCUGACUGACAAUACUGAUUUUACGGUGGUUGGAGUAAUCGGUCCUCCUGGUGCUGGCAAGUCCACCAUCUUGAACGAAAUAUAUGGAUAUGAUCCUACCUCACCCGGAAUGCUGCCUCCAUUUGCAAUUGAAACUGAAGAAACUAAGGCAAUGGCAAAGCACUGCACUCUUGGGAUUGAACCCCGAAUCUCCUCCGAACGUAUCAUACUUCUUGAUACUCAGCCUGUGUUUAGUCCUCCUGUUUUGGCCGAGAUGAUUAGACCUGAUGGCUCAUCUACGAUCUCUGUGAUAAGUGGUGAAUCACUAUCUGCUGAAUUAGCUCAUGAACUGAUGACCGUUCAGCUUGGUGUUUUUCUUGCAUCAGUUUGUCACAUUAUCCUGGUGGUAUCUGAGGGAGUUCAUGAUCUUAGCAUGUGGCGCUUAAUGUCAACGGUGGACUUGUUGAAGCAUGGUAUACCUGAUCCGUCUUCGGUGUCCUUUUCGCAUCCGCAUGGCUCUAGUCUGAUCUCUGAAAAAGAAAACAAAGAUAAAAUUCAGGAAGUGGGAAAAGAGUAUAUGGCAGCGCCAGUUUUUGUGCAAACAAAACUGCGUGACAAAGAUGUUAAUCCGCAUAAUGCUGCACAACUAAGGAAGGCACUUCAACAGUGUUUUAAGUUCCCAUCAUCUUUUGUGAGGCUUAAAUGCCAAAAUGCAUCAAAGGAGAACAGCAUUUCCGCAAUCAAGAGUCAGAAUGAUGGCACAGAUUCUGCAGCACUAAAAUUGUUUCUAGUUCCAAGCAAGAAUAGAGAUGACUCCCCCUGGGCACAGUAUGAAAGCUACAUUUCUGUGAUUUGGAAGUUAAGGGAUGAGGUUCUAUCCAUGAGUGGCUCCUCGUUCUCGAGGACAGUGUCUGAGCGUGAUUGGUUGAAGAAUUCUGCUAAAAUAUGGGACAUGAUCAAGAAUUCUGCCGUCAUUGCAGACUACUGUAAAACGCUUCAAAGUUCGGGCAUGUUUAGAAGGUAGCUAUUUGAUUCUUGCCGUCUUCGGCCAAGGUUCAGAGACCCAUAUGUAGUAGUUCAUAGCUGGCUUCGUGCCGCGGACCACUUUUUAAGUUUUUUGCUGUAAAAUCUGAUGUUCUUCUGCCAAUUGAUAUGAUUAAACACCUGUUCACGACAGCCUCAUGGCUUAUUUUAUGAAAUCAAAGACCGGUGUUUGAUAAUA